AUGAAACAAUAUUAUAUUGACACCUUUCUUAGGAAUCGUCCCAGCAACGGCAUUGAUUCCCCGCAUUCUCGGUUAUUAUCUGCUUUGAAGUUGAAUGACGAGCUUGCUGAAUACUUCAAAGACCGCGCUCAGAUUGAGGAUACGUACGCAAAGAGUAUUUUGAAACUGACGAAAAAAAGCUAUAUCAGUAACAAGCAAGCUUUGGGAACCUUUUUACCACUAUGGGAAAUGUUAGAGAGGGAGCUAUCGCACAGGGCUUCCAUCAGUAAUGAUUAUGCAUUGAACAUUUUGAAGAAAGUCGAACAGCUUUUACGGCUAUCCAUAGUUGAAGACCCAAACUACGCCGAUGUGCAUAGGAUGGAGGAAACGAUCAAAAAACUUGCUCGGGAUUAUGAUGAAAUUGAUAACAAAAUUGAAAAGUUUAAGAAAAGCGCAAAAAAUGAAGCUAAAAUGACAGAGUAUACAAAACUACUAAAUCAAAAAUUAACAGAAUGGAAUCAAUAUGCGCCAGAAUACUUGCAGAAACUACAAACUGUAGAACAGAAUCGCUUAGAAAUGCUAAAAAAUGCAGCUCGGGAGUUUGAAAAACUACAGCGAAUGCAUGCGGAGCAACUCAUUGAGUUGACUGGAAAUGUUACGACGACAACCGCAAGUCUUAUUGUUGAAGAUGAGAUAAAAUAUUUUUGUUCCGCUCACAUCGUGGUAGAAACAGUAAAUACAGUAUCGAAACCAUCAUUAGCAGAAAAUAGCGAAACUGUUCCUGCUACUACGGCUGCUAUCACAGCUGCAGAACCAGAACCGUCACUUUUGACGAAUAAGCAUCAUGCUGUUCCGGAACCCUCGAUCUCAAACAAGUCUAAUCCAGCACCAUCAAUUAACAAGAAGCAAAAAGGAAGAUUUUUUACAAAAUUAUCUAUUCGUCGAAAGCCGAAAUCGAACACCGAGAAAAAAAACUCACAAUAUCGUGAACAGUUAUCUGUGCCUACUGAAGCAACAACGACGGUUCAGGAGGAGGGAGGUAUAGCAAUGCGACAAAGAAGCGGUAGUAAUGCUACAACAAGCUUUAUUAUGGAACCAUCGAGCAGCAGUAGUUUUCGGUCCGUUCAUGCUCCGGCUGCAGCGGGAGAAGGCAACCCUGAUAGCCCAAUAGCACUGAAUAAUGAAGUGCAUCAACAGUUGAACAAGUCAGCAAGCAUGGGAGACUUGCAUAACAAAAAGAUCAACAACAGUUUUGUGAGUAAUAGCUUAAAUGGAAUUGGCUCAUCAUCCACGAAAGCACCAAAAUGCGUUAAUGGAAGUGAAUUGAUAUCUGCUACUCAACCGGUAAAGAUACAUUUGUUCAUCGAAAACAAGCCGCUCAUUUCAAUUGAUGAUGAGGGUUAUUCCAUACCACCACCAAACUACACCGCAUGGUCAGGUACCAAUUCAAGCGAUACACAUACACUAAGUGAUUCGUUGUUGGAUGUGGAAGAUGCUGGGUCUGAUGCUGGAAGCUUAUUGAGCAAUAAUCCGCGCUUACGUGUCGAUAUCAAGAGUGAAGUUAUCAAAGAAGAAGACGCAUCCAAAUCAGCAGUUGCUCUUUCGCGCGUUUCCACUUUGCUAAAAGAGAAAAAUUCUGCUAGUCCUAGAAGGCUUCGUGGCCGAAGAGAAGUAAGGACGACGCAGCUGUACUCCGUUAUUGAGCAGCAAGUUCCUGAUCUACCAAACUCAAAUGGCUCAUCCAAAAAUGUAGUAGUAGCAUCGACCUUAACAGCCAACAAUAUGAGUAAUUCUUCACUUGUUGGAACUCCUGUCAGUGGCGAGACUUCUGAAAACACUCCCAACGAUUUGUCGAAUCCAUUUGAGACAACUUUAUCUUUUGCCGCAAAAUGCGAGCAGCAGCAACCAUCUGAGAAAAGAGAAAACAAAAUGCCGUCUAUUCAAUUCCAUGUCAACGAAACUAUCCAGGGACAUUUAAAAAGCGGUCAAGUCCAGUAUUCUGUUGCCACUGGGACAAUCAGCGUGCAGUAUAGCGGCUACGACUCCUCUGGUGCAGUAGAAGGGCCUGCAGCCAUUAUUGACCGUGAUACUCAUUUUACGAUCUGCAGUAAGAGCCCUUUGGAUAGUAUUGAGGCAAUAAACACGGAACUUGUAUCUUAUGUUGAUAUGUCUAACAGUAAAAAUACUGAAAACGACAGCUACUACUACAGCUUCGAGAUCAAUACUCAAAAAUUAAAGGAACUAGCACAAGCAUUGGCUGCCAAAAACAGCGACAACCCACCUUCAACCAUAAAUUGUAUACGAUACAAAAAACAAUUAGAUUCUUUACCGCUAAUUGUCAAACCCGUAUGGAAAUGUGAUUCAGAGAAAAGCAGACUCCUUAUUAAGUACUUUAAGAAUCCUCAUCUUCCACAGCGACAAGGAAAAAAAGUAACAUUCGAAAAUGUUAUUUUCGUCACAACAGUUACGGGCCAACCUCAAAAUGCAAUGAGUAUUCCUUCAGGCGAGUUGAUAGUGCAACAGCAGCACUCACAAAGUAGGAUGAGAUGGGUUAUUGACAAUAUGAAUAAUAACAAUGGCCAUAACGGUGAUAAUGAUAGCAUGAAUACUGCUGUCGAAGAAAAGGAGUCCAUCAUCAAAGCGCAAUUUAUGACUUUGGAGCAAGGAUCUUCGCAACCUAUUGCUGUUCGUUUUAAAAUGGUUGAUCAGUUACUUACUGAUUUGUCCAUAAAAUAUACCAACGAUAACAAUACAACGACCAAGGACCUAAUUAUAACUAAAAUGGUGAAAUCUGGUGAAUAUGUUGCUGAUGUAUAA